CCUGGCAGUGCCACUUUAGUUCUUGCUCUUGAACUUGAUCGCAAAUUCAGAGUUGAUUAACCUGAUUCACGUAUCACAAGCACGUGCCUUUGUGGAACAUCUAAUUUUAGUAACUAUAACCAAAUCGAAAGUGAUUAAAUGCAGAUGGAACCCUUUAGCUCUUCGCUUUGUAUGCGGGACGACUUUCAGUGUCGUCUCUGCUUGUCCUCAGCGGACAGUAACCUACAGCAACUUUUUCCUUCUGGCGUAAACAACAUUGCUAAUGAGCGCCUGAGUCGCAUCUACGAAUGUCUGGAGAUUCACGUUUCAUUCCUGGAAGAUUUCUGGUCCGUUAUUUGCACGGAGUGCACUGAAAAGAUUGAUUCUUUCUACACUUUUAAAAAGCAAUGCCAGUCAAAUAACAGUUAUCUUCGUCGUAAACGUAGCAGUGCUGGAGCAGAGUUUGAAAGAAUUCAGUGUACUCCAGACAUUGACAAAAUUGUUGACUGUGAGGAAUCUAUCGCAGAGCCGGAUAAUGGAACUUUGCUUAACCAAACACGUGAAAUUUUCUUCCCUGGAAAGAUGGGAUCUACCACUCAUCUGGUUCAGGAUGUGAAGCGCUUGGACAAAGAAGUGCAGACUUGCAGUGAAAGUACAAGUGAAACUUUCUGUGGGUUUCCGCUUGAAAGCUAUUCACGUCGUUCACCCAGAAUAUUUAUCAAAAACUCGAUCAAGGAAGCGUUUGAGCGCCAGCAACCUGCUGCAGCGUUGAUAAAUCAAAAACCAGAAUGUCGGGUAUCAAUUGAAAUGUUGUACAUAAAACCGGAGGCUGCAUCCAAUAUUGAAAAGGCGGAUUUAACGCCGCAACUACCAAAGUUACGCUUCAAUCCUAUGUCAACUAAAAAGAAAGCCACACUAUAUUUUGAAGGUUUUCAGUACAGCAGACCGAAAUUAAGUCAUAAUGGAAACACCGUAUGGUCAUGCUGUUUGGUAUAUUGUCCCGCAAGGCUUGAGAAGGAUCCCAGAGGUGCGAUAUCAGUUGACGCAAAACUACACAAACACCGGCCUCAGGUAAUUCGCGAAGGUGUCAUUUUCAACAGCAAACACCGUAGAAAUGUGCGCUUCGUUCUGGUUAAAACGAGCGGAAGACUAACAUUUAUCUACAACGAUGCGUACCUUUAUCGAUUCGAUGAGGCUGUGUCCAGCACAAAGAGCGUGUGGUUAUGCCAAGAAGAUGGAUGCAAAUCGUUUGUGAACAUAUUGGGCGAUUUUCAUCGUAUCGUGUGUAUGUAUAAACAUAAUCAUCGCGAAGGAAAAGUGGUUUUUAGGCGAAACGAGAGUAAAUGUUCAGAGAGGGGAAAAGGUCUUGGUUGCGGCACCACACAAAAAUUAGCCAAUGCUUCAGAUCCGAAGGGAGUUGCAGUGUAAGGUGAUGGUUUCUGAGUUGCAGCUUGUAAAGUUUCCAGAAAACUACAACUUGGCGAAUUAAUAAUUCAUUAUUACUGCUUUUAUUUUUGUGUUUUGAUGAAACAUUUUUAGCUACCUUUGUUA